AAGCACAGAUUAUACACGAUUUCAUAGCCGACUAGAUUGUAUAGCCAAGUGAGGCGUUCGAUUUUUGAAAUUUUAAAAGUUUGUGUUCGAUUUUAUCUGUCGCGUGGGGCAGUCGCCCCCUGGGGCUCGACCGUGGAGGACGAGGGGGGAGCGUUGUUCGGGCGGCUGCAGGGCGCGCUGCGGGGCGGCGCCGCAGCGGCUUCGCCCUCGCGUGUCGCUAGCUCCAUCAGGGGUUACCUGACUAACAAGGUCGGCUCUUUCCAGCUGAGAGAUACAGGUUCCGAAGUCCCAUACGAGGGUCGCGGCGAGGGACAGCGUUAACAAAUGUCCACUGGAAUUAUCAACGAAGCAAUAAAUAUAGAAUCUUAUUUGUACGAUAUGCUGUUUAAUGAGAUACAUUUCUGAGAGUGAAUUGAUCGCACCAAGAUGGCGGAAGAAGGACCUCAAACGAUCUGGCAGAAGAUCGACAACUCGGUCAUCCCUUUUAUCAACCUGGAAGUCCGAGAAGUGAGGGAGAUACUAUGGGAGAAGAUUCAGGAACCGACGUCGCAGAGGAAGAUCAUCCUUGUUAUAGUAUCUAUAGCCCUGCUUUUAGAUAACAUGUUGUACAUGGUGAUAGUGCCCAUUAUACCUGACUAUUUGAGAUACAUCGGCGCUUGGGGAGAAGCAGGCUAUGAUCAUGUAGUUACUCUAGCUCCAAUUAUCGAGGGUAAUCGAACAAUCAUACCAACCAAAAUCAUUCCUGCGUCACAUGAAGGCCAAGACUCAGCGACCGGAGUUCUCUUUGCAUCUAAAGCUAUAGUACAACUUAUGAUUAAUCCUUUCUCUGGUGCCUUAAUCGAUCGUAUUGGGUACGAUAUACCCAUGAUGUUCGGUCUAAUCAUUAUGUUUCUCUCGACUUCAAUCUUCGCCUGCGGAAGAAGUUAUGGUAUGCUGUUCUUUGCUAGAAGUUUACAAGGUGUUGGGUCUGCAUUUGCUGAUACAUCUGGCUUAGCGAUGAUAGCUGAUAGAUUCACAGAAGAAUCCGAACGUUCAAAAGCCCUUGGUAUCGCGUUGGCAUUCAUUAGUUUCGGCUGUCUUGUUGCUCCACCAUUCGGAGGAGCAUUGUAUCAGUUCGCUGGAAAAGAGGUACCGUUUCUUAUUCUCGCUCUGAUUUCCUUGCUAGAUGGUUUUAUGUUACUCCUUGUCAUGAAGCCCUUGAAAACUCAGAUGAAGGAAGCGCAGCAACCUAAGCCAAACGGUACACCAAUUUGGAAACUGUUGAUGGAUCCAUACAUAGCGGUAUGCGCCGGAGCACUCAUGAUGUCUAACGUUGCGUUAGCAUUCUUGGAACCUACAAUAUCCUUCUGGAUGGAAGACAAUCUUACUAAAGAUAACUGGAAAAUAGGUAUGAUAUGGCUACCGGCGUUCUUUCCUCAUGUUUUGGGUGUUAUAAUCACCGUGAAAAUGGCCAAGCAAUAUCCGCAACAUCAAUGGCUUAUGGCAGCCGGCGGAUUGGCAUUAGAGGGGCUAUGUUGCUUUAUAAUUCCUUUCGCUAGCUCGUACAAAAUGCUCAUGAUACCAAUUUGUGGGAUAUGUUUCGGCAUCGCCUUGAUUGACACAGCGUUGCUCCCAACACUCGGGUACUUAGUGGAUGUGAGAUAUGUGUCAGUAUAUGGCAGCAUCUACGCGAUUGCUGAUAUAUCUUAUUCAUUUGCAUACGCCGUGGGACCGAUAAUCGCGGGCGAGGUGGUUGAAAUGAUUGGCUUUACUGCUCUCAAUCUCUUCAUUGCCUUCAGUAAUCUUCUAUACGCACCUGUAUUGAUGUACCUCAGGCAUAUUUAUGAUUUCAAACCUUUUGAAAAUGAGGCGAAUAUACUCAUGGCUGAUCCUCCGGAUAAGGAGUAUCAGACUUAUAGUAUGCAAGAUCAGCGGCCGGUGAACGGGGAGUAUAAGAAUCAUUUGGAAUACUCUAACGUGCAAGGGCAAGACACUUCUGUACAGGAGUCAAAUGUGGAUAACUCCCGAGACGACUAUCAGCAAGGUUAUCAGAAUUAUUCGCAAGGUUAUGAACAGCAAGGGUUCCAGCAAGAGGCGUACAGUCAACCGCGGCAGCUGCCGGCACAACCGCAGCCUGUCGCCAGCAACCCCUUCAGAGCGGCCACAGCGGCAUCUCCUGCGCCUCCCCCCGCACCAGCACCGACCCCUAACCCCGUUCGGAACCCCUUCCGACAAGGCUUCUAGAGCUAUUUCGUGUUGUUGUGUAUAUUUUUAAAAUUACUUGUUGUAUAAUUAUAAAUGUCUUAUAGUAAACUUCGAUCACUGAGUCGCUUACCGUCUGCGACGUUAUUUAGUAUCAGACGAAAUAAUUUAUCUAGCUGUGCUUAAUGUCGUAGAUUUUGAAGCUGCUCAUGAAAUGGCACCGAAGUGAGUAUCGAACAUUGGCUACUAAAUGUAGCUUGACUCUUAUCACUUCGACGCCAUUUUGUAAACAGAAUUUCUUGUUGAUCUUGUUCAUACUGAUGUAACUGUUAACCGUUUAACUCUUUAAAGGUUUCGCGUUUUCUCACAGAGAAAUUAAAUUAUUGUAUUACCAUUUAUAUAUUCGGAAAAGGAGAUUUCAUACAAAUUUGUAAAACCUAACACGUUUUAUAUAAUCGAAAAAUAAUUACUUGAUAGGAAUGUAACUAUAAAUGGUAUUUAAUAACAAUAGGUAUUUGUACCUAAAAUAUAUAAAAAGCACGUAUUUUAGUACUAUAAGAUGUUUCACUCUAUAAUUCAUGUGAGGGCCUAACAUCGUGGUAUUUGUAGAUAAGGCACUUACUGAAAUUACUUCUUAGGUAUUGCCAUCCAUGAAGUAUUUAAGGUCGUGAUUAGGAUGACAUACGAGGCGUUGCUUGCUGCGCUAGUGAAUUCAUCUGAUUAAACAUUAAUUGUCAAAAAUCUAUGAAAAUCACGACCUAAAUAGUCAAUGGGAUAAAUGAAUUGCAAUAUAGUUACAAACUCACUUUCUCAUUUUCCGUCUCGUAUUGCAAAACGUUUCUACGUAAAUGUUGACUAGAAUUAAAAGGACGUUACUCCCAUAAUAGAGUAUAACAAUUUAUGCUUUCAGCAAUAUUAGAAUAAGGUUUAAUAUCAAUUCGUAACUGUAUAUCAAUUAUUAACUUUAGAUUAGUCCUCAACUUGUGAUAGAAGUUGCAACCAAGGUAACAAAACAUAUCAGAAUCUUUUGAUUCAAUCUAGAAUAAGCUAAAUUAUUGUUAGUGAUAUUUUUGUGUGUGUACAGUAGUGUAGAUUAUAGAUAUAUUUGCGAUAAAAUUAUAAUAUAUAUUUUAAAUCAUUUGUAACAUUGAGACAGCGUUUUAAGCGCAGUAUAGUUAUUUUAAUAUUUUCGAAAACAAAUCAUUAACAUAACAUUUAAUAACAUACUUACGUUAAAUUUAUUGAUUUUACAAGUCUGCCACUAUGACCGCGAUUUUAAACUAAUUAUUUAUACUAAUGGUAAUGAAUUGUACAAGAUAUGACGUGCCCAAUUGUCAAUUGAUCGAUUGUAUAGAGGAUAUUGUUUAAUGUAAUGUUAUAUUUAUUAAACGUAACUAUUAAUGAUGUAAAACUUAUUUGCGAACUCACGUGCUUUUUCAAUUAUUUUAAAAUAGCAGUGUUUUUAACUCUAUUAACAUAAUACUGAUUGUUUUGGCGUUUCGUAAGAGUGUUUCUUGAAUGGAUAUGUUUUGAAAGUGUAUAAAAGUUAGCCUGCAAAGUACAAUAGGAUUUGUAGACAUGGGUGCACAGAUGUGGUGAUGCGCACAACGUUUCAAUUUUUUUCGAGUGCACAAAAAUUAAUGCAUAAAAUACCUCUUAGUUGAAACAUUCGAAGAACGAGUUGGGACAGUUUCGAAGUAAGUUUUAUGCUACGCAGCUACGAACAAAUAUUGCAUUGAUUGUUGUGCACAUUUGUAAUUAAUGUUAACUAGGGUAAGAUUGGUGAUCUGUUGAUGUAAGUUAAGGUCAAUUUUCGUGUCAAAUUCUCCCGAAAUUCAAUUAAUAAGUAGUUAUUGUCAGCGCUGAUAUUAUGCUUAUUGUUAAAUGUGAGUGAAUUUUUGUUAUAUUGUUGUUUAAAAACGUUAUAGAUUGAACGAAAACGAAAUGGUAUGGGGUUAAAUUCCGAUGGCGGAGAGGUUACCUUUAGGAGUGCUUUUAAUGAGACGAGUCAGAAAACAUAUUAAUUAUUGUUAAAUACUUAAGUUAGAUUAUCCAACUUUUAAUAAGGUUCAUUUCGUUGCUACCUACAAUUACAGGUAAUUUUAGUUCAUAUUUAUUGUUUAUUCUGUUUCUUUUUGUUGGAAUAAUCGAUUAUGAUAUGUUUUCUUUUGUGUUUGAAUUGGCGCCCUUUGUUGUUUAGCGCCUACAUGUACUCUUUAACUCUAUUCGAAAGCCGAGGAUGGCGAGGAUCUUAGAACAACGAUUAUCAAAGGACGUUUUUAUAUGAAAAUAUAACUAAAAUUCACGAUUCAUUUUAAAUAUAACGCUGAAUAUAUCACUAAGUGUUAGUGGUUUUAUGUCUAUUUUAUAUUAGCAAUAACGUAACCAGCUAUAUCACAUACAUAUCACUAGAUAAGGUUAUACAAUUUAUUAUUAAAUUAUAUGCAGUAGUGAUACUUAUAAGAUUAUACACAAGGUGUUGUAGGUUAAGACUUCUUACUAUGAACUAGUAACAUUUGUUUUGGAAUAUUUAUACCGUAAACUCACAGGAAAAUAUAACCAAUUGUAAUGUAAACAUAUCAAAUAUACAUUAUUAUUUGGAUUAAGUAUUGUCCAUAACUCUUAUAAUAGAAACAAAUGUUAUUGGCUCAGUGUAUUUUGAAAUCAUUUGUAUUUUAUAAAAAUGCUUCUUUCAUAUAUUUUGAACACGCACAUGGUAGUCCAUUUACUAUAUCGCUUUUAUUCCUUAUUUUAAGGAUUAUUUUGAUACUAGUUAACUUCUUUGUAAUCAAAAUUUAUUUCAGAAGUAUUUCAGAUCGUAAUUUGUCAGUGAUUACAUCGGAGGUCGAUAUGAUUAUUAACCUAAUUUAAUAUUAGUUCCGUUGUUUAAAGAAACAACGCAAAUUUAUGCACAUUUAAUGUUUUGCAUUUGUGAUCCACAUUUAAUUCUCAGUUCUGAUCGUUCCAAAUAUCAGAGUUUUUAGUUUGCAGUUGUGUGUUUAGUAGAUCAAACCCGUCCGAUAGUUCUAUCUAUAAAUUCAUUAUUUAUUUAACUUUCAUCAUAAAAUCCAUAUCAUUUAUGUCAUAUCAUGUGCUCUAUUUUAUCAUCAUAUUAAUUAGCGUUCGUAAAUUAAUUUGUUUUACAUACGGAACUGAAGUUUUACAUAACAUAAUGUAAUUUCGAAAAAUAUCAAACCACAUUAUUAUCAUAAAUGUCAAGAUUAAACUUUUGUAUGUAAAGUGAAUGAAGGAAUGAUAUCUGAGAUAAGAAAUCCAUUACAUUUAUUUUAUUCCUGAAUACGAAACUUUUAUGAUUUGUAAAUAUUCUAUUGUAACUUUUUAAAACAAGAUAUUGUAAAGUAUUAAAUUUUGAAAGUAGAUAUUAUUAUUUUAUCUUCUAUUUUGUUUUAAAAAAUAUAUUUUUAGGAUAACUAAUGUUAAGUAAGAGUUGUACAUAUAGAAAAAAGCCCACACAGAAGCGAGUGAUAUAAAAAUCUUUUUUCAUACCAUAAUCUCUUCUGUCUCUCUUCUUCUCUUGCUAUAUACCCACUAUAUCUCUUUCUAUGAACAUUUAAUGUAUUUUACUAUUUAUUCUGUCACAUAAGACCUUACCCUUGGCGAGGAUACGAAAUGACUAAAUUUUAAUGAAAUUUCCUACAAAUUGGGAAAUGUAAUCUCGUUACCAGCGUUAGGGAACUCGGAAGCUGCGACAUUAUUUAUCUGUGCCGCAAAUUCGAUUUUAUCGAGUUUAAAGAGGACGUAUAUUGUAUAGGUAUUCUGUAGUAUUUUGUAGUUAUAUGUUCUGAGUUUAUACACUUCGUGGGUAUAAUAUCAUUAUCAAUUGUCAUUUACUUUCAUAUUUAAUAGUUCUUUUUUAGGUUUAGAUUUAGUGUUAUUAUAAUUUAUUGAUGUUGUAUAAAUAACAUAUGAACGAAAAAUCAAUCCUCAUUCAAUAUCGAGUAAUUAUUAAAAAAUACAUCUAUUAAAAUAUUUAGAAAUAUGAAGCUCAAUUAAA